AAUCGUUGGACCGCUUCGUAAUUCGCUCUAUUUUAGUAAAGUUUUCAAAUGCGAUCAGCGGAAUAAGUGCCUGAUACUGUAAUAGCUUUAAGUGGAUUAAAUUAGAAUUAAUUAAAAACGUACUAACGAUCAUUUCCAUUAUAACAUAUUAAUUCCUGGAAUUAGUUCGAUGAGUCAGUACUGCGUCUACUUUUAACCGCACUCGAGUGUGAAAAAAUGAAGACUCAAAAGCAAAGCUGCUGCGCGAAAAGGACGAUCCUCGAGAAAAUUCUAAUAGUAGUUGUGGUGCUUUUAGUGUGUAUUUUAAUCGCGUUGUUUUGUGUUUUCACGUUACAUGUUAAAAACGGUAAUAGGCACUUUACUCGACCAGUGGUGCAAAACGUGUCGUGUCCUACGCCGAGUCCUCUCCGAGUCAAAAAGUCAACUCCCUGUAUGACCCAAAGCUGCAUCAAAGCCGCGUCGCAAAUAAUCGACUUCAUCGACCCUUCUGUAAACCCGUGCGACAAUUUUUACGAUUUUGUGUGUGGCAAUUUUCUCAAAAAACCUAAAGUCUCCAACGAGAUAACGCCACUGAGCGCCUUAGAGGCAGUUACUUUACAACAAUUCAAUUCGUUGAUCACCGAACCCAUCAACGAGACACUGCCAAAAUCAUGGGCUUUGCAAAGGAAGUACUACAACACGUGCAUGAACACUAGUGCCAUCGAAGAAAACAAUAGUGAAUCUUUCUUAGAGAUGUUGAAGUUUCUGGGAGACUGGCCACUGCUUCAUGGGCGCUUCUGGGACGAAAGAAAAUUCGAUUGGUUGAAUUCGAUGGUUUUAUGUCGGAAAGUUGGGUUUACAUUUGAAUAUUUUCUGAAAAUUGGAGCUAAAGAUGCGGCAAAUGAAACCGGAACGAUUGUUUUAUCAAUAAAUCCACCAGCUGUAACCGACUUGCCCUUUCAUUUGAGAAAUUUUUACGUCGAGCUUAUGGCAAACAUUUCGAUCGAGUUGGGGGCGCCUCCAUAUUUGGUCACUCAUGAGUUUAACCGAGUCUUGCAAUUUGAAGACGAAAUCAAAGCGGCGGUUGUGGACGAGGUGCAAAAUGGCCAAGAAAUAAUCACAACAAUUGACACUUUAGAAAACCAGUUUCCGUCGAUUCCUUGGGUUCAUUUCCUCACUAAUAUCACAAUGAAUUCGAACAAUAUCAGCUCAAGCUCUUGGAUCCAUUUUCGCGCCGGUCGCUAUUUGCGAAACUUGCAAACUUUGCUGCACCGGACGCCGAAAUCAAUCCAAGCUAAUUACAUCGUGUGGAAAAUUAUCGAACACUUUCGCAACUACUUGAAAGAAAGCGUCCGUUCGCUUUACGAAUCAUUUUUAAUCCACCUCAACCCAAAUUUAGCUUUCGUAAACAAUCGCCAUUUGUACUGUUUACAGAAAUCGAAAUUCUAUUUUCCUUCAGUUACGGAAUUAGCCUACGUUCGGACAUUCCUCAAGCCCCAGUCGCGCGAAAACAUCAAAGACAUGGCGCUGGAGAUAAAAUACCGCCUCUGGAAGAAAAUCACAGCAAAUGAGUGGCUCGACAAAAACUCCAAGAUCUUCCUCCUGAACAAAGUCGCCAAAAUCGAAAACAUAAUCGGAGCUUCCGACCACGCGUUUGACCAAAACUUCGACCAAGUCGUCGAGAUGGACGGGGUAUUUGAAAACCUAAAAUUUGACCUCGAUUCGGAUAACAUCAUCGAAAUGGCAACUAAACUGAACGCGAAACGAGCCGACAACUACUUCAACAUAAUCAACCAAAAGUCCAACGAGGUGGCCAAAGAAGUGUUGGAAAAAUCGCCGGUCUUGUACAUAAACGCGUUUUACGCCGAGGAUUUUAACGCAAUGAUCGUACCGGCUUCGUUUUUGCAAGGUGUAAUCUACGAUCUUGACCGGCCCCAAUACAUGAAUUACGGGGCUUUGGGAAGCGUCAUCGGACACGAGUACACUCACAGCUUUACGACCUUUGCGGAGGAAAACCAAACCAAGACCGCGGAAAGCGCGGACAAGUACGAGGGCAAAAUUCAGUGCCUCCUGGAGGAGUACAAGGAGUACGGCAAGCAUCUGAGCGAGUUCACGACCAACGCGAAAUCGGCCCUGGAAGAGAACAUCGCCGACCUAAUCGGCCCCGAUUUAGCCUAUGAAGCCUACCAGCAGUGGAAAUGGAAAAACGGCCCGGAGCCGACGCUCCCCGGCCUCAACUACACCCAAAACCAGCUUUUCUGGAUAAUGUCCGGAGCUUUCAAAUGCUACCAGCCCAAGCGCGGUUUUAACAUAAAAUUCGAUCAACACCACGGCGUUCCAUCGUUCGCCGUCACUUUCAGUAUGAGAAACUCUCCUUUUUUCGCCGCCGACUUCAAUUGUCCUGUCGGUGCCAACAUGAAUCCGGAGAAAAAAUGUCGGGUCUUGUGAAUAGAUUGUUUUCGUGUGUGUUCACACAUCCUCAUUAUUCAACGGGCAACGGUUAAUUAUAAUGAUAUUAAGAAGAAAAAGGAGAGGAUCGUUUUAAAUUAAUCUUCUUUUGACGUGUAGUUUUGAAAUCGUUUUAAUAUAUUGUUUUUUAUUAAUAAUUC